ACCCAGUGGAUUUAAGUCGACACACAGUGAUAAGCAAAACGCCAGCAUUUCUUAAAUAUGCCAUCUCCUCUGAGUUAGUAAUUGAACCAAGUCAGCAUCCAUGCCUGCAGAUGCUCCCAGCCAUAUUUCUCUCGGCUAUGAAAGGAGUAUCAGGACUUGUGGAUGCUUUCCUAGGUGUGCCUAAUAUCUCCUUGGAGAAUCUCAACCAGAAAGGACAUCAUCUCUCCUCCUCCUCAUCAUUGUCUUUAUCGUCUGAGGGACGUGGAGAGGAUUCUACUCGACUGUUAGCAAGUGGAAGAGCAAAGUGUAACAGCAUUUUGCAUUUGUUCGGGCCUUGGUUAUUUGAAGCUGCCCUUAUAAAUUGUAACAUGCAAGCCAGCCUUGGCCCUCAGCAUAAAACAGAUGGUAGUGGAAGUGCUGGGUCAGGUUCCCGUCGGCCGGUUUCUGGUUUUGGUGGAGAAAGUGGUAGAAAAUCUAGUGACUCUUCAGUACCAUCGGAACCACAGAAUGACCGUCUUGCUAACUUGUCUCCACAGCACUUCCAAGGAGGCCGAGCUGAGGCUCUUGGGGCUCUUUGCAGGAUAUUUUGCUCCAAGAAAACUGGGGAAGAGAUUUUGCCUGUAUAUCUAGCUAGAUUUUACCUAGCUGUCCAUCAGGGACUAAGGCAGACAGAUGGUAAUGUCACAGCACACCAAGAACAAGCUAGCUUCACGUCUAAUAAGUACCAAGGAUCCAAGACUGGUGUUUGCAGUGAAACAGCAGCAAGUAUCCUCGUCAAUGGAGUUGAUUUGUUCCGCUUAGACCUUCAGGGAGUUGUAAGCUUAGUGCCAAGUGUUUUGGGGGUUUUGGAAGGUGUACUUCCAGAAGCAGAGGUUAAUGCACCACCACAUCUACCUGUCCCUCUGCUGCGCCGUGCCGCCACUCACGUGUUGUUGUCUAUUCUGCCGUUACCACUACAUUUCCAGGGUCUACAAGUUAAAGAAGUUGGAUGCAGCAGUGGGGAGCGACUUGUUCUGUCACAUCUUCGACCUCAGCUUGUCAAUCUUCUUUCUAAUGCCCUGCAAGUAGAGACAGACCCUGCAAACACACAAAUGCUCCUUGGAGGCCUCCUGUUUUGUGUCCAGGAUGCAGCAUUAUGUGAAGUUAUGGAUUCCAUAUCCCAGCACAACUUUUCAUCUGACAGAGAUCACAACAUAAUGUCAUCUGGUGCCUCUGACACAGUUAGCUCGCAUGGAGAUUAUAAUAGCCUUCUGGAUGACAGCUGCGAGACACUUCCUGUUGGAGACAGCCUUGGCCCUGUUGGAACAUCAGGCCUUUCUAGCACCACAUCUGCAAGUCAUGCCACAUUGCUGAGUGCUACAGACACUGAUGGUCCUCCCAGUUUUGAAGAUCCGGAUUCAGCCCAUGCUCUCUUUGUAAGGGCCAUCUACUUAGUGUGCCAUCGUCUCAUUUCUUCUUGGAAGAGUGAUGUUAAUGUAUCUCUUGCUGGAUUGGAGCUUCUUUCGGGGCUUGCACGCCUCAGUAUAGCAGAGCAAGAUGGACUAGAAUGCAAACGUGCCGUUAAAUGGUUGUGUGAUUAUAUUGCUUACCAGUGCUCUAGACCUGCUCGUUUGCAUUCAAAGGACUUACACUCGACCAUUGUUGCAGCUUUUCAUUGUGCAAGUGUGUGGUUGGUAGCGCAUCCUUAUCUGCUCCAAGAUAAGGAAUGUCUUGGAACAAUAUUGGAGGUUAUAGAGCUUGGUAUUUCAGGGUCAAAGUCACAGGUGAAAUCCAGUGAUGCCCCCAGACUGAAACAUGAGAAAGAACUCAAACCAGCCAGUAUGCGAGUGAGAGACUCUGCUGAAGCCCUUCUGUCAUGUGUUUUAUCACAGGUUGGAACUUUCCCAUCAGUGUGUGGGGCAGAGUCUUUGUCAUCACUUCUAGAUGAAUUAACUCUUCUUCGUCACUGCAAUACUUGUGAUGUUUCAGACCAGCUUACAAGAGACGCUGCUGUCCAGCAUUUCCGUUAUUUUGUUGCACAAAAUUCCAUUAUGUUGGCUCUCUUGGAGCAGCCACUAGGGAAUCAUCAAGAUCCUCAACCUACUGUAACGGCUCUGAUCCGAGGACCAUUUGGGAGAGUGGCAUGGACAUUGCAACUGAGGCAUCUUGCUAGGCACAAGUCUUCUGCUAAAUUAUACACAGUAAAUCCAGGUCGACCAUUGCCAAUGAAUGAUGUUGGCAUUAAACACAAUGUUAAGCCUAAGUACUUCCCAGACAGCGUAGAAAGAAUUCCUUUGUGCAAAGCUGAUAAAUCUAUUCCAAGCCUUGAGAGUGUGAUAAUGGUCGAUGAUAAAUCUGCGGUAGAGCAUGACAAGUUGCUUCAGAUUUUAGAUCAUCAGAUUGCGUUUGAGGAUAAUAUUCGUCGUCAAGUAGAAAGGGAAAUAACAGACUAUCCUGAUGUAGAGACUGAAUGCGUUGCUCCGCCAUUGUGUCAUGAGUUCCAGACGGCUCGUUUAUUACUGUCUCACUUUGGGUUUUUGUCCUUGGAUGCCCUACAGGAAUCUGUGGAGUCUGCAGUGCCAUCUCUUGUAGCUUUAGAUUCCAGUAUGGCAGGCUUUGCUAAGGAUCUUGAACUCUUAGAUACCACCAAUAAUCGUACUGUAGAUACAGGUCAUGUAUUCUAUGUUCGAGCAGGGCAGACUAAUCCUCAUGAAAUUCUCAAUAAUGUUAUAUCUGUCUCUUCUGUACAUCCACACUUCUUAGAAUUCUUAGGAGGACUGGGUUGGUCUGUUAAUGUUCAUCAACAUCCUGGCUGGACUGGUCACGUUUCAACUGCCUUUACUGUUACCACACCUCCUCAAGAUACUCCAUUUGAUGCAAAUCAUGGGGGGAGUGUAUUCAGCGGUCGCACACAUGUCCUAUAUUGGUCAGAUGCUCUUAGCGAGAUGGCUUUUGUUGUGCCAUCACCAGCCCCCUCACAGCCAAACAGUCAACCUCCAGCCUCAAAUUCUGUUAAUAUGGGUCUUGUGCUAGAGAGAUGUGACGGUUCAGGAGGAGGUUCUGGCAGUGAAAGAUCAGAUUCCUUACAUUCAUAUGACGUAGAGGUUGAUCAAGGUUCAUCAUUAUCUUCCCAUACUUCUCAGAUGUCCUUCGGUCAUGGUAAUGAAAAUCGUAAUCGCAAAUUUGGUCGUCAAACUAGUGCCAUGUCUUGCGGUGACCAUAAAGUCUACAUCGUAUGGCUAGAAAGUUUUGAAGAUAGUUACACUUUCCCAGCAAUUGACCUGUUAAACGAAACAAUUACAGGAAGAGAGAGUAGUUCUUGGAAGGACAAGGAAGCAUGUAUUUACAUAAUCUUCAUCCAUGCUCUUACCAAUGGUCUUUUCAGAAUUAAACUUCAUGGCCAGAAUGCCAAGUUGAGCAUGGCAGGUCCAUUAAUUGAUGGGCAAGUCGUUAGCAGGCGAGUUCUUGGUACCCUAGUUAGACAAACAGCUUUAAACAUGUGCCGACGGAAAAGACUUGAAAGUGAUAGGUAAGGUUUUGGUUACUUGGCU